CGAAGAUUUGGGCACCAAUUUAAACAGAAAGCAAACCAAACGAGUGAACCACCAGACUAGAGAAAGGGGAAAAACAAACAUUUUGUCCUUUUAAACAUCUUUAUCGGGAACAGAGUAAAGUUUGCGACAAAUAGAGAAGUCGCUGGUUUACCUGUAUGUUAAACUACAGCCGAGUCUAGCCUAACGUUAAGUCAACGUUAGGGUAAAGUCAGGUAACUUCUAACGUUAGAUUCGGUUGGAGAAGUGAGGUGAAAUGCCGUCCCGUGUUGAGGACUACGAGGUGUUGUUCACUAUCGGUUCAGGCUCGUAUGGAAAAUGCCAGAAAGUCAGACGAACAUCUGAUGGGAAAAUACUUGUUUGGAAGGAACUGGACUACGGCACCAUGGCGGAGAGUGAGAAGCAGAUGUUGGUGUCAGAAGUGAACCUCCUGAGGGAGCUCAAGCAUCCAAACAUAGUGAGGUACUACGACCGCAUCAUAGACCGGACCAAAGCCACACUCUACAUAGUCAUGGAGUACUGCGAGGGUGGGGACCUGUCCAGUCUCAUCACCCGCUGCAUCAAGGAGAGGCGUUACCUGGAGGAGCAGUUUGUCCUGCGAGUCAUGGCACAGCUCACGUUAGCCCUGAAGGAAUGCCACAGACGCAGUGAUGGCAGGGCGACGGUUCUUCAUCGAGACCUGAAACCAGCCAACAUCUUCCUCGACAUCAGACAGAAUGUAAAGCUCGGAGACUUUGGCCUCGCCAGGAUCCUGAACCAUGACACCAGUUUUGCAAAGACAUUUGUCGGGACACCUUACUACAUGUCUCCAGAACAAAUAAACCGGAUGUCGUACAAUGAGAAAUCAGACAUUUGGUCACUGGGAUGUUUGCUGUAUGAACUCUGUGCAUUAUCCCCUCCGUUUACAGCUUACAACCAAAAAGAGCUGGCAGAGAAGAUCAGAGAGGGGAAGUUCAGAAGAAUCCCGUACCGGUACUCUGAGGAGCUAAACACUUUACUCUGCAAAAUGCUCAACCUGAAGGACUAUCUGAGGCCAUCCGUGGAGUCUAUUCUCCAGAGCAGCUUGUUGGCCGAAGCUGUUGCUGAGGAGCAGAGGAGGGCACCGACACGACCCCGGAGGAGGUCGUCAGACUCAGACUGUCCAGUUAACAAGCCGGCUGAGCCGACCCUCGCCUCUGCCGCAGAGCUCAAACUUAGGGAACAGGCGCUUCGAGACAGAGAAAAGGCACUGAAGGAACGUGAGGAGAGGCUGGAGCAAAGAGAGCAGGAGCUUUGUGUUCGAGAACGACUUUCAAAUGAGAAGCUUGUGAGAGCAGAGAGUUUACUGAAGAACUACAACCGUGUGCAGCAGCAGAAGGACCGAGCACCGCUCUACGGCAAAGACAUAGAUGGCGAGAAUCUCUCCCCUGGCAAGAAGAAGGUCCACUUUGCUGGCGAGAGCAAAGAGAACCAGCGACCUGAAGGUCGCCAAAGUGUGUCGUCCCAGGAGCUGAUUCUGAGGAGGCUGCAGGCGGCCAAUCUACGCGCUCAAAAGCUGAACGAAGUGGAGAAGACGUGUCAGUUCAAGAGCAGGCAGAUACUCGGCAUCCGCUGAUCACACGGAUCUCACUGACUGAUAUGUGAAAGCUGUCAAAGUCGUAAUAACUGGAUGUAAAUUAAGCUUAAUUUAUAUGAUAAGUCAGUAGCUGUGAAAUGUUUGAAUCCUGUGUGUUAUUGCAACCUGUGUAGUGUCUGAACUCUAUUUAGUUUCAAGUGUGGAUUGUAUAGGCAGCUGUUGUGAUUGUGUUGUAUAUUCUUGCUAAGCAUAUUUCUAAAACUGCUUAGAAAUACCCAAAGGGCCAAUUGUUUGAUGACUUGUGUUCACAACAUGUAAAAACCUAUGUGGUUUAGAAUACAUUAAUGCAAUAUUCAUAUAUGAAGAAGAAAAUCAUUAACUUGUGAUGGCAAUGAACAUUUUAACUAUGCAGAGUGAAUGAUAGUGAAUUUAAGGUGUUGCAUUAUAUUUUCUGAUUCAGAACUACAUUAAACAAGAUACAAUAAGAAGAA